AUUUCACCGUAGUCAAUCUUUCACAAAUGAAUCUCACACUCACUGUUAUAGUGUUACACAGAGAACAGAACCCUCACCCUGUAAAGGAAAUCGCAGUGGUGUGUGCGAGAAAAUAAUGGAAGACGAAGUUCAGACAAUAGUGAUGAAAGAUUAUUUUACUGAAUUACAGAAAGAAAUGAAUUUCGAGGUUGAGCCAAUGGAAAUGGAAGACGAUUUUCUCGAGUUCACACUAGCUGAGAUCGUGGAAAUGGAGAAAAAAUUUAAAGAAUCGAAAGAGAAAGCAAUCAGUCAGGUGAUUUGUCAAGAACUUGCAACUAAGUUUAGUUGCUCACCACACCGAUCUGAAAAAUCUUCUGUAAAAUGGGAACAGGUGCAAGGAUGGUUCCAAGAUAAAGAGAAAAGUCUUGCAGCUAAAGUAACCUCAUCUUCUUCUUGCAAAGCAAUUGUUGCUUAUACCAAUCCUGCACCGAGGAGGAAAACACCUAAAGUAUCGACAAUUUCUGCUGAUGAAGCAGCUGUGGCACUUUCAAACUUGAUUUUUGAAGCUAAAUCAGCAAAAGACUAUGCUUGGUUUGAUGUUGGUUCUUUCCUCAACUACAAAGUCCACAGUUCAGGGGAAGUGGCGGUUCGUGUGAGAUUUGCUGGCUUCAAUAAAGAUGAAGAUGAAUGGAUUAAUGUACAAGAGGCAGUACGAGAACGCUCAAUUCCUUUACAAGUAUCGGAAUGUCACAAAGUCAAUGUUGGAGAUCUUGUACUCUGCUUCAGGGAAGAUGAGGAUUAUGCACUUUAUUGUGAUGCGCACAUUGUGGAUAUCCAACGGAAAUUACAUGAUAUCGAAGGCUGCAGGUGCAUCUUUGUGGUCAGAUAUGUCACAGAUGACUUUGAGGACAAAGUUGUGCUUAACAAAUUAUGUUGCAGACCACCAUCUUCAGCCUCCAUCCCUGCUAUCGACUUGGAGCCCAGUGUGAUGAGCGAAUGAAAAGAAAAAGUAUUUGUACGAAGUGGUCAAACUUGGCAUGCCAUCUAAAUAUGGUUGAGUGAUAAUUAGAAAACAUAUAUAUCAUCGGAUUAUGCAAUCUGUGUAAUUUCUGCUGUUCCUUUGUCACUCACUAGUUCUUGAUAAUGUCAUUUAAUAUGCAUUCAAUGGGUACAGUUUAUGCAGUUUUGCAGGCUC